GCCCAGUGUAGAGGGACCUUUACUGUGUCUCUAACCCUGACCUGGGAAUGUGGACGCAUAGUUUAGAGGGAGAUUUACUGCUUCUCUAACCCUGACCUGGGAGUGUGGACACACAGUGUAGAGGGAGCUUUACUGUGUCUCUCACACUAACCUGGGAGUGUGGACCCACAGUGUAUGUGGAGCUUUACUGGGUCUCUAACCCUGACCUGGGAGUGUGGACCCAUAGUGUAGAGGGAGCUUUACAGUGUCUCUAACACUGACCUGGGAGUGUGGACCCACAGUGUAUGGGGAGCUUUACUGUUUCUCUAAAUCUCAUCUAUCGUGAAGAAAUCAUGGGAGGCGUACAAUCUACUUCAAGGCAACAUGAACCUUCGGUAAGGAUUUCCAAAGAGCUCUCGGAAGGGGAGAAGUGUGCGCGGAGGAAGCGCAACAACGUAGUCAGACAUGCCAUCUUGAAACUGACAGGGAAAUGUCCUGACAAGGGUCGUGAACCCACCAUCGCAGUGCUGGGCUCGGGGGGAGGUCUCCGCGCCACCAUCGCCAUGCUGGGGACCCUCCAGGCGCUGGCGGAUAGCGACCUGCUGGACUGUGUCAGCUACCUGAGCGGUGUGUCAGGCUCCACCUGGGCUAUGAGCCAACUGUACUCCCAGAUGGAAUGGUCCGUAAACAUGGAACAGAUGGUCAGUGAUCUCAGAUCACAGAUCACUGAGAAAAAGAGGACGUGUCACGAUUCCAUGGAGUACCUCAAGCAGAUAGGGAACGAUCCCACGUACUCACUCACUCACUUCUGGGGAGCCUCGCUGGUCUAUGACUGCCUGGGCAAGAUUGAGACCAGCAAACUGUCCGAUCAUCAAGUCGCUGCCAGUAACGGGACAAACCCCUACCCCAUUUAUGCUGCCGUUCACGGACAUCGAGAGCGACAUUCACACACAACAGACGCCUGGUUCGAGUUCACUCCUCACGAGGUUGGCUUCCCGACUCCGGGCGCUUUCGUCUCCACCAAAGAGUUCAACCACAAGUUUGAUGCCGGAACGAAAAUAAAAGAGAUGAAUGUGGAGAAGGAUUUAAACUACUUACAGGGUCUCUGGGGCAGUGCUCUCGCGGACAAGAAAGCCAUUUGGGAAUGGAUCAAGGAACAGUUGUGGAGAAUCGUACACCAACCUCAAUUGCUGAGCAGUUCACCGGAGUCUGAGCAGAGCCACUGUGAACAUUGCUCCAGAAAGUUGAUGGAAAUUUUGGAAAUCUUGAACGAAGGGGAGAAUUUUGAGGCAGCGCUCAGCAAACUCAACCUGGACGAGACAGAGCUUUGCGGUUUGUCAGAUCACCAGAACAGAUCCUCUGAGUAUUACUGUGAAAAAUUGAUCGGAAAUUUGGAAACGGUGAAUGAAGCGGAGAACAAAAACACCCAAGUCGAUGAGAAGCGGUGUCUGAUCCCGAGCGUCUAUAUGAAGACGAUGAGGGCUUUGGUAUCCUGGAACUGGGGGGAAAAUCCUAACUUCGCCUAUCAUGACUCUCGCAUCAAAGAACUGAGUCCCAGAGGUCUGGAGCUGUACGAACAGGAAUAUCUAUACCUGAUAGACGCCGGGCUGGAGAAUAAUUGUGCAUAUCCCCUGGUGCUCAGGGAAGAGCGUAAAGUGGAUCUCGUCCUGUCAUUUGAUUUCAGCGCUGGUGAUCCCUUCCUGACGCUGACCGAGGCCGGGAAAUACUGCACCGCAAAUGGUAUCCCAUUCCCAGACUUGCCCUUGGAGCUGGAUAAAACGCCUCAUGACUUUUAUGUGUUCACAAAGCCUGGAGCACCCACUGUCGUGCACUUCCCGCUAUUCAACGACUGCAACUGCACAGACGGGUCAAGCCCGAAGACGAUGAUGGAUAAAUUCGGAACUCAGAAGUUGAGUUACACCGGGUACGAGUUUGACGAGUUGCUGGGAGCAGCAAGUCAGAACGUCAGUAAAAAUGUGGGGAAGAUCACAGAGCAAAUCGAGGCCCUGCUCUGAGCACAGCUGAUCUUUGUCCUCCGGGUGUGGGCUUCCCAAAGCUGACCUCAGUCCUCCAGGUGUGGGCUUCCCAAAGCUGACCUUUGUACUCCAGGUUUGACCUGCCCACGGUUGGAUGGGGUAAAAUGUUCAGACACUGUGAAUUGGAAGCCAUUUCUGCAAAAAUAAAUGGAAAUAAAACUCAAA